CCUCCUGUACCUGCAGGAUCCUCAAGUACAGGAAUGAAUAACUGGGCAGCAAACAGUAGCAGGUGUGACAUCAAGACCUCAGCUGGUUGUGGUGCCUGAGUGCCCUUUUCUUUCAAAACUCAUGUUUUACCUUCUGCAAACCAAAGCAUAUGGAUGGAGGAUUACAGAGACACUGAGCAUCCUUGGAGAGUGCCAGCUGAAGAAAAGAGACUGCAGGUGACAGCCUGGGGAGCCUGCUGUCCGGCGGAGACCUGGAGGACUUGCUGGUUCCUCUCACUAUGGAUUACCUUUCAACAACUCUUAACUCCUCUCCAUUGUAUAAUAUCUACAACUCAUUUCACAGGACAACAGAUGCCAUGUCACCAGCACCAAAUUCCUCUUCAAAUUAUUAUGAGGACUACUACUAUCCUGAAAUGGCUUCCACUUGCACCACAGAACAUAGUAAAUACUUUACAUCUAUGUUUUUUCCAGUGCUGUACACUGUGUUGUUUGUUACCGGCCUUGUGGGAAAUGCUUUGGUCGUUUGGGUCCUAUUGGCCUUCAAGAAAGUCAGGGCCAUGACUGACAUCUAUCUGCUGAACCUUGCCAUCUCUGACCUCCUCUUUGUCUUCUCUCUCCCCUUCUUGGUUCAGUACUCCCUGGUGAGCCAGUGGACUUUUGGCAAUGCCAUGUGUAAAAUUGUCAGCUCAGCUUACUUCAUUGGUUUCUACAGCAGCUCCUUCUUCAUAACCAUCAUGAGCAUCGACAGGUACUUGGCCAUUGUGCGGUCUGUGUAUGCUCUCUGCGCGGUGCGCACGUCCGCCCACGGGGUCAUCGCAAGCCUGGCCCUUUGGGCAGUCGCCAUUUUAGCAUCAGCGCCAGACCUCAUUUUCUUCCAGGAAAUGGAUGACAGCAACAGGACCGUGUGCCUGCCUCACUAUCCUGGUAGUGACAACAGCUGGAAGAUUUUCAGCAAUUUUGAAGUCAAUGUCCUGGGGUGGCUGAUCCCGGUGGGCAUCCUCAUUUUCUGCUAUCACAACAUCUUGAAAAACCUGCAACGGUGUCACACUCGCAACAAGUAUAAAGCAAUGAAGCUGGUUUUCAUUGUCGUCACGGUGUUCUUCCUUUUCUGGACCCCCGUCAAUGUCGUGCUCUUCCUGGACUCCAUGAGGAGCAUGCACAUCAUCGACGACUGCCAGGCAAGCCAAAAGCUCGACCUAGCCCUGGAGCUGGCUGAGGCGCUCUCCUUCGUCCACUGCUGCCUCAACCCCAUCAUCUACGCCUUUGUGGGCGAGAAGUUCAAGAAGUAUCUCUGCGAGGCUUUUGGCAAAUAUGCACGUUUUCUCUUGACCUGCAACAACUACAGUGUGUUCCACAGGCACAAACUGGACAGGCAGUCCUCUGUGCACAUGGGGUCCUCGCAGUCAUCUUUUGUAGGUAGUGUCUUGUAGAGCUGCAAGACAAAAGCUCCCAUACUUCAUGCAUGACUUGAAGUUGAGCAGUCCUCCCGGUGAUUCAGUUAAUAAGUCUUCUUGUUGCCUUAGUGUAGGAGGUUUAGGUGCAGUGGCCCAUUACCAAAUUGUGACUAGGAAAUCCCGCAAUCCUAGAGCAAGCUGCAGUGCACCUUGCUCCAUGAUAUGCUGUAAUACCAUUCUGAGCAGAUACCUGCAUGGAUGCAAUUCUUCUGAAAUACUUCUCUGUUGUUAGGAAAUGUGAAUGAGAGCUUCAUACACUGAAAUUAAUCUGACAGUGAUGUAGUUUUUGUGGUUUUCAUGUUGCUUUGGGAAGUGGGUUUCAGCAUAAUGCUAGAGAAAGCCAGAUAUGGACUGUUUUCAUACUCCGUGAUGCCAUUUUAGGUCUUACUGGAUGGUGGAUCAUCCUUAUCUGUGAGAUGUCUACCUAUCCUCAGUGUUCUUUUCUACCUAACUGUUCUUUAAGGCUCCUUUCAACCCCAAACAUUCUGUGGUCUUCCCAGUGCUAAAGAGGCAGUCUUACAGCUCAAAUUUGAAAUAUGUUGAGUAAUCUGCCUUUUCCCUCCUGAAAAAGUUUCCUAGAUCUAGCAGCAGUGUCCUCAUCUAUUCAGACUUUUGCUGUGCAGAGCAUAGGUGGAGGCAUUAGACAAAGACUCUGCCUUUCUAACAGAGACCGUUAACCUGUCAGAGGCGGGAUGCUGAUAAAGCAAUAUAUGCAUGCAGCCAUAUAUAUAUGUGUGUAUAUAUAUAUAUAUAUAUGUAUAUGUAUUUGUACUUCUGAGAGUCUGUCCCUGAAAUGCAGAGAGACAUAAUGGAUGGAAAGACAGUUGAGACAUGCACAUGAGAGUAAUGUAUAACUUUCCCUGCCAUUUUCCCUUUUUAUGAACAGAAUGUAAUACUCCUUUUCAGGAAAAUCUUUCUACCACUUGGCUGCCUCUUUCUAGGACGAAAGUAUCUCCAGGAGUAAGGGUGACAUGGCUUGAGGUGAAGUGGGUGCAGAGCACACACCGAAACUCACAGCCACCUUCUAGAUGAGAUGUAAUUUGGUUAGCAUACUCUCACCAUGUUUAUCACCAUGCGCCUUCCCUGCCACUCCUGUAAGAGAGAGGUUGAGUUCCUCUAAUUUGGAAAACAUUACAGACAUACCAUGAAUAUACAGGAAGGCACAGUGGGUCGUUAAGAUCAGCCUCUUGCACAGAAGCCUGUAAAGAGAGUAACAUUGUGUAUAUGCACAUUUCCUCCAGGAACAGAGCUUUUAUCCACUUCACUCCUUUGUAUUCUGCAUUUUACAAACACCACCAGUGAAUCAAAAGAAUAUAUAUAUAUAUAUAUAUAUAUUAGGUUUAAAUUUGAACAUGAAUAUCUAUUACUUUUGUGUCUGUUUUAAGAUUACACACUGAAGCCAGAAUGGGAGAACACCUGACUAUUUAAUGUGCUACUGUCAUUGUGACUUCCCUUUAACCUGUGUCAUCUCAGCAAAAAGAAAGAUAAUGAUUGGGAUGCAAAGCUAAGUAUCAGACGUGAGGGGGACCAAUAUUAAAAUUGUGGUAGGCACCUUUUAAGCAAAGGUGUGACCAUAAAUAAAGUCUGUGCAGAAUGGCCCAGCCCCUGGCAGUUGGGUGCUUUUCUUGGGACAAGCAGCUGUUGGAACAGAUGCCUACAAUUUGGCAUCAUCCUCAAGCUGCCUGGACUUAGGGCUCCAACUUGAGCAGAUGCAGAUAGAUGCUUCCUGCUCUCCUGUGCUCCCAGUGCCCCACAAACAACAGCAGGGCAGAAGACACUCCACAGCUUGUCCCAUCAGAAAAAGAAGAGGAGCUCUGAGACCUGUAGGUGACAUGGGGCAGGUCCUGCUGGCUGCACAGCCUCCGGAUGUGGGUCUCACCUCCUCCCCCUUCCCAGCAAGGCAGCAGCAACAGUUUGAAGCAUCUGGGCUGCAAGGAGGUGCUGAGGUUGGCCCAGCUCAGGCUCCUGAUGCAGCUGCUGCAGAGGAGGAAGGCAGCAGCCCCAGGCAGGAAAUCCUUCAUGCUGCAGAAAACACCUAUUGCCUCCUCAGGAGAAGGCUUUGAAAAUGGGACUGAGGCAGCAGCAAAAGGAAGAUGCCCUUUAAAUGCUACUGAGAACUAGGAAAGUGAAAGGCUUUGAAAAGAAGUCCCUUUUCUCACGUUCAACUUUAUUUCUAAAUGCAUAAAAUAUGAAAAUACGCACUUGAACUUUUCUGUUGUAAGACUGUGCUGAAGAACAUGUCUAUUAAAACAGCAGAACAGUGAAAGCAGCGGGAAAAAUUGUCAUGUCUCACACAGAAUCACAGAAUUGUCUAGGUUGAAAGAGCCCUCCAAGAUCACCUAGUUCAACCUCUGACCUAAUACUAUCAAGUUCUCCACUAAAAUAUAUCACUAAGCUCUACAUCUAAGCGUCUUUUAAAGACCUCCAGGGAUGGUGACUCCACCACUUCCCUGGGCAGCCCAUUCCAAUGCCUAACAACCCUCUCAGUAAAGAAGUUC